GAAGCCCAAGGAGUUCUCGGGAGUCUCGCGAAGCAUCCUGGGAAGCGUAGUUCUUGGGGCUCUUAGAGAGAAUGGAGCUAGGCGGGAGAGAGCGGCUGAGAGGACUACACCCAGGAGGCGGGGUCCAGGACGAGGGUGGACGCGGCCCACGGUGGCGAAGAAGGCUUUAGUGGCAGCAUGAAGCGCGCCCAGACUGCGGAGGAACGAGAGCGUGAAGCCAAGAAACUGAGGCUCCUUGAGGAGCUUGAAGACACCUGGCUUCCUUACCUGACCCCCAAAGAUGAUGAGUUCUAUCAGCAGUGGCAGCUGAAAUACCCUAAACUGGUUCUGCGGGAAGCCGGCAGUAUAUCGGAGGAGCUGCAUAAAGAGGUCCCUGAGGCCUUCCUCACUCUGCACAAGCAUGGCUGCCUGUUUCGGGACCUGGUUCGGAUCCAAGGCAAAGAUGUGCUCACCCCAGUGUCUCGCAUCCUCAUCGGAGACCCAGGCUGUACCUACAAGUACCUGAACACCAGACUGUUCACAGUGCCCUGGCCAGUGAAGGGCUGCACCAUCAAUUACACAGAGGCCGAGAUCGCUGCUGCGUGUCAGACCUUCCUCAAGCUCAAUGACUACCUGCAGGGUGAGACCAUCCAGGCCUUGGAAGAACUGGCUGUCAAAGAGAAGGCCAACGAAGACGCCGUGCCGUUGUGCAUGGCAGAGUUCCCCAGGGUUGGCAUGGGGUCAUCCUGUGAUGAUGAAGUGGACAUUAAGAGCAGAGCAGCCUACAACGUGACUUUACUAAACUUCAUGGAUCCUCAGAAAAUGCCCUACCUGAAAGAGGAGCCUUAUUUCGGCAUGGGGAAAAUGGCGGUGAGCUGGCAUCACGAUGAGAACCUGGUGGACAGAUCAGCCGUGGCAGUGUACAGCUAUAGCUGUGAAGGCUCUGAGGAUGAAAGCGAGGACGAGUCCAGCUUCGAGGGCAGAGACCCUGACACUUGGCAUGUUGGUUUCAAGAUCUCGUGGGAUAUCGAAACACCAGGCUUGGCAAUACCUCUUCACCAGGGAGACUGCUAUUUCAUGCUGGAUGAUCUCAAUGCCACCCACCAGCACUGUGUUUUGGCUGGUUCACAACCUCGGUUUAGUUCCACCCACCGAGUGGCAGAGUGCUCGACAGGCACCUUGGAUUAUAUUUUACAACGCUGCCAGUUGGCGCUGCAGAAUGUCCUCAAUGACUUGGACAAUGGUGACGUCUCUCUGAAGUCCUUGGAACCUGCAGUUUUGAAAAAAGGAGAAGAUAUUCACAAUGAGGUCGAGUUUGAGUGGCUGAGACAGUUCUGGUUUCAAGGAAAUCGAAACAGAAUUUGCACUGAUUGGUGGUGUGAACCCAUGACUCAGCUGGAGGGGCUGUGGAAGAAGAUGGAGAAUGUGACAAAUGCUGUGCUUCGUGAAGUUAAAAGAGAGGGACUCCCUGUGGAACAAAGGAAUGAAAUUCUGGCUGCCAUCCUGGCCCCGCUCACCGUGCGCCAGAACCUGAGGAAAGAAUGGCACACCAGGUGCCAGUCCAGAAUCGUCCGGUCUCUCCCAGCUCGUCAGAAGCCAGACUGCCGGCCCUACUGGGAGAAGGAGGACCCUUCCAUGCCUCUGCCCUUCGACCUCACAGAAGUGAUUUCAGAGCUCAGAGGCCAGCUUCUGGAAGCAAGGCCCUAGAGGGAGCGCAAGUCCUCAUGGAGAAGGAGAAGACAUCGUUGGUUUUCCUCCCCAAACCUUGGACAAGGGUAGUAUACAUAGGCGAUAGGACCUGGGUUCCAAUUCAAGACAGCUAGAAAAUAAAACUCACAAACACUAAAAUGUUCAGUAAUCAAUAAUGGUGUUUUAGUCUGAUUUGGUGUUAAGCUAGAACACACGCACCCCCAAAAAGUAUUCCUCAAUCUUGUUUGCCCCUUUGGGAGCCCUUUUGUUCCCAAGGCGGCAACGGGGAUGAGCCAAGCCUGUGACAAGCCUCUCCUUUCCUCUUGGGCGAGCCAUCUCAUGGGAGGAGACCCAGGCAUGGGACCACAGAACUGGAGAGACCUAUCCCAGCUUCUCACCUUGGCUCUGGCAGUUGGGCCAUCCAAGAUGGCAGUUACUAGCUCACCGUGGCUGUGCAGACCGAGAUUCAGCUCGAUUAUCGUUAAAAAUCCCUUCUUCAGUUGUCCUGGCCACAUGUCAAGUGCCUGGCAGGAGGGUGGCGGUCACUGUGGUUUUAGACAACAUAUGGAUGUUUCCGUGUUUCAAGUUUAUGAGCAGGCAUCCCCUCUUAUGGUUUCCUGUAGUGGCUACUGCUGCCAUAACCAUGGAGGAAAGAAAGGAAAAGCAAUUGUUGAACAGUAACCUCUUCCCUCCUCAGAGACAAAACUCAGUGAGGGUCUGACUGUGAGCCCUGUACAGGAAGAGGAAGGGACAACAAAGGAAGUAGCCACAUCCUGGCUCUACGGGGCUUCCCUGAUCCAAUGGCAGAGGCCAGCCCUAUAGGCACUAUUUCAUGGAGUUAGUGUUUCUUUUAGAAUUCCCCCAUUUGUGGGUACUGACAGGUGGCAUGGGAACUUGAAGGAUCCAACUCCCCACCCCAGUGAUGCCAGAGCGUCACAGGCUAUGUGGAGCUGUUAAGCCUGAAUUCUAAUUUCCAAGUGCCAGGGUUACAUUUUUCCCACUCACUCUGUGACCUUUGCAUGUCCUUGUAUCUCAGUUUUCUCAUCUGUGUGGUGGGAGGUGUUAAAAGUGUCAGCUGCUCAGGGUGCAGGUUAAGUGGCAUCACCCAGCUGCAGACCUGAAGCAAUUUCUCGCAUACCUAGCUCCACAUGCGAUGCGUGUUAGUGCUGUUAUGUGAGCUGGCCGUAGUGGUCUUCCUCCCCCGCUGGGGUCCUUGGCUGCGUGUGUCUCCUGGCCCACGCCUCUUUCUGCUGGCCUGAGGCAUGGCUCCAGACAUGUUGACAGCAGCUAGCCUCUUCCCUCAGUCUAUGACUUUCUUGUAUUGGUUGGGACCUUCUGUGUGUGGAGGGGUACACAAACAACAGUGUUUUUGCUGCAGUCAGGAUUCUGUCUGAGGUGCCUUCCGGCCCAGAAUUAGCCACAGGAGCUGCAUUUCACAAAGCAGGUUGAAUUUCCUGGUGCAGGGAUCCGAGUCUCUUAGGCUUUGGUUUGGCCCCUUUUGUCACUGGACUGCAGCUUCCUCGUUAAUAGAGGGGUAAGGUCCAUUCUCAGAGGGAACUGCCACAGAUGAAAUGAAAUGACCUAAGUAAGGGGUAGGCUUCUGAUGUCACAGGCUGGCCCACCACCACCAGCUGUCAGGCUCUUGCUUAUUAGGCCCCAUGAUGUUUCUUCUGUGCUGUAUUCCAUUAGGUGCCAAAAUUAAAAAAUUGGGAGAGUCCACAUAAAAUAAAAACGUCUGCAUUCUCUUUAGAAGUCAGAACACCUGUGAGCUCCUGGGUCUCUGUCUCACAGUGGCUUGGCAGUGGCUGUGAUCCCUAUGCUCUGCUACGACCCUGCUACUCCUUGUCGUCAUUUUGUAAACAUGCUCCCCCAGCAGCGCCUUCUGAACCUGCUUGCUCACACCCUUUAGUAGAAAGCAGUAGUGUCCAGUGCUCAGUAUGUGUUCCUCCCGUUGAACUGUGUUCAUGCUCCGCUUGUACCGCUGUGCUGUGUGCACCCGUUCAUACACAAUAAAGAACUCAAAGAUGAGAAACCAAA